AUGCCUCUGAAACCUUCUCGGCAUGGCAACACCACCGAAUGCCACUACUGGGGCUACUCUUUCCACUGGUCCAACCUUCAUCGCUCUGAAGAAGAGCUUCGGCCUAUGGCCUAUACCUGUGAUACCCUGGCCGAUGAAUGUGUGGAAAAACUAAAUAAGAUCCCUACGGACGGGGAUUCCGACAAGCCAUUCCACAAGGAUCUAUAUAGCCUCCUCAAGAACCACGCAGACGAGGACCCGAAGCUCCAGGAGCUGUGGACCCAGAUCAAUACAGUUCCCGAAUGGGUAGAUUGGACGCAGAUUCAGAGAGGACAGGAUGUAUUCUUCCGAUAUGGCCUUGCGAUUUUGAACGUGCUCAGCUUUGAAAGCCUACUGGGCGGCAUGGGCGCAACCCGAGUUGUAGAAACCCUCUCCCGAACAGGCGGUUUCAACGCAAAGGUAGUCCGCCGCCGCCUCCUCGAAACCCUACAGCACGUCCUGCAAGUAAACAGCUCAGUCUCAGGGAUGAAACCAGGCGGCGAAGGUCACAUAUCCACAAUCCGAGUCCGACUCCUCCACUCAACAGUCCGCCUUCGAAUCCUUAGUCUAGCAAACCAAAACCCAGACUACUACGACGUCCAGAAAUACGGAACACCCGUAAAUGACCUGGACUGUAUCGGCACAAUAAACACAUUUUGCAGCUCGGUCGUCUGGCUCGGGCUACCACGCCAAGGUAUCUUUCUCAGUCAGCAGGAGAUUGAGGAUUAUAUUGCGCUUUGGAGACUUGUUGCGUGGUAUAUGGGUACACCGACAGAGCCGUUUGAAGAUACGAAGAUGGCGAAGGCCACUAUGGAGUCUUUGUUGAUAUCGGAAAUCGAUCCGACGGAAAUCGGGAAAGUUCUUGCUAAGAAUAUUAUUCUUGGUUUAGAGAACACGGCGCCUGCGUACGCUUCUAAGGAGUUUAUGGAGGCUUUGAGUCGGCUGUUGAAUGGGGAGAGACUUUCGGAUGAACUGGAGAUUCCCAGGUCGAGUUUUUAUUAUCGAGUGCUUAUUUGGGGGUAUUGUAUUUGGGUAUCUGGGAUUUCGUUCAUUAUUCCACGGAUCUAUUUUAUGGACCGCUUCAUGAUCUCGCUCCGGCGGAAAUACUAUUAUAAGAUGAUCCUAGAUGAGAAGAUGGGUCUUGGGCGCGAGUCUCGUUUCGACUUUAAGUAUGUUCCAACACUGGCCCGGACUACGCGGCUGGGACAACGACGAUCAACCAAGUUCGAGAAACCUGGAGUUGAGACUCUGGCGCGAUUGGGACUGCUAGCUGCGCUUACUGCAAUGGUUACACUGGGCUUGGGAUUGAUCUUUGCAGCGAGAGUGAUACCCUCCAACCAGUUCUUCGGCGUGAUAAGAACAUGA